AUGUGCUGGAUAACCCUCACCCCCAAGGCGUCCAAGCAGCCCUCCUCACCACCCUCCUGCGUCGAACAAAUCGCCCGCGUCCACCACAGUCCAAUCUCGAGCCCGCGGUUGAGCAAAGUCCACGUAAAGCUCUCCAGCAGCGUCGUGUCCGCCGAACAACAACACCACCACCAUUUGCACCCACACCUCCAUCACCACCAUAUGCACCCACUGCAUCUCCACCCCCUCCACGGCCCUCACCACGACCACAACAUCCCAAUCAUCACACUCCACGGCUCAGGUCACAAACGUCAUUCCUCACUGUCCCUCACCCCCUCGCGCCCGCCAUCGCGUUGCCGCCCCCCGUCGCCAAUCUGCCCGCCGGCAAGAGAACCCACAUACCGCACGCAGAUCGUGGAGCCAGCCGCAAUCCGCGCCCAGACCAUCGCAGCGCUGCGUGAGGUCCGACCUGAACGUGCUCGGGGCCGUUUGCGGAGAGUAGCGGGGUAUGAGAUGCUUGGACGGGAGGCGCCGUGGAAUUGGGAUUGCGUGAGUAGCUCGGCGGGGAGCGGGAGUAAGAGUAGUAUAGGAGGAGGGAGGUGGGUGAGGAAGAGGAGAGGGAGCGCGGGAGGAGGGUUGAGGUAUCCACCGUUUGGAGGGUCGGAGAAGUGGAUGUGA